GGGGGUCAAUGAGGAUCUGCUCCCUCCCAAUUAACCCCUUGUGGCCCGCAGGGAAGGAAUACGCCAAGGCCGACAGCCGCUACAUGACGAGCGAUGACUUCACGGUGGCCAUGGAGUCGGUGACAGCGUGGGCUUGGGGACCCCUCAGCUUCCUCACCUUCCUCGCUUUCCUAUGCCGUCAUCCGGCCCGCUUCGUGCUGCAGCUCAUCGUCUCCCUCGGGCAGCUCUACGGGGACAUCCUUUACUUCGCCACGGAGGCGCGGGCGGGUUGGACCCACAGCGACCCCCGCCCGCUUUAUUUUUGGGUGUACUUUGUGGGGCUCAAUGGGAUCUGGGUGGUGGUGCCCGCCGCCCUCAUCGCCGAUGCCUGCAAACACCUCUCAGCUGCCCAGCGUGCCCACGACAGCCCCCGGCAGAAGGCACAUUGACCCCCAGGACUCCUUUGGUCCCGACCCAGAAGCCCCACAGCCCCCCACAUUCGGACCUGAGACCUUCGGAGCACCCUUGGUUGCACCCAAGACCUCUGCAGCCACCU